GAAUUUUUUUUUCCCCCAAGCGAAGCAUGAACAGUUGCUAAGUGGAAAAUGGAGGCUGAAUUUUACAUGGUGAUUCUUACCUGCUUGAUCUUCAGGAACUCAGAAGGGUUUCAGAUUGUCCAUGUCCAGAAACAACAGUGUCUUUUCAAAAAUGAGAAAGUGGUCGUGGGCUCAUGCAAUAGGACCAUCCAGAACCAGCAGUGGAUGUGGACUGAGGAUGAAAAGCUCCUUCAUGUUAAAUCUGCACUGUGCUUGGCCAUCUCCAACUCCUCUCGCGGCCCCUCCCGCUCAGCCAUCUUGGAUUGCUGUUCCCAGGCACCCCGAUGGACCUGCUAUGAUCAGGAAGGCUUCCUUGAGGUGGAAAAUGCCUCUCUCUUUCUCCAGAAACAAGGCUCCAGAGUAGUGGUCAAGAAGGCCAGGAAAUACUUCCAUAGCUGGAUGAAAAUAGAUGUCAACAAGGAGGGAAAACUGGUCAAUGAAAGCCUCUGUUUAAAAAAAGCUGGCCUGGGAGCAGAAGUUUCAGUGAGGAGCACUAGAAACAUGGCUCCACCCCAGAUUCCCACUACCUUUAAUGCAGUUCCAGAUAGCCUGGAACGCCUUAUUAGGAAUACCACAGAGGCCUUCAUCAGAAAUGCUGCAGAAAACUACAGCCAAAACAGCAGCGAGAGGCAGCAUCCCAAUCUGCACGUGACUGGAAUUACAGACACAUCAUGGGUUUUGUCGACUACUCAGCCCUUCUCCAGCACCACUGAAGAGACUGGACUGGCGGAGCCAGAGAGAUGUAACUUCACCCUGGCGGAGUCCAAGGCCUCCAGCCAUUCCGUGUCUAUCCAGUGGAGAAUUUUGGGCUCACCCUGUAACUUUAGCCUCAUCUAUAGCAGUGACACUCUGGGGGCCGCGUUGUGCCCUCCCUUUCGGAUAGACAACACCACAUACGGAUGUAAUCUUCAAGAUUUACAAGCAGGAACCAUCUAUAACUUCAAGAUUAUUUCUCUGGAUGAAGAGAGAACUGUGGUCUUGCAAACAGAUCCUUUACCUCCUGCUAGGUUUGGAGUCAGUAAAGAGAAGACGACUUCAACCAGCUUGCAUGUUUGGUGGACUCCUUCUUCCGGAAAAGUCACCUCAUAUGAGGUGCAAUUAUUUGAUGAAAAUAACCAAAAGAUACAGAGGGUUCAAAUUCAAGAAAGUACUUCAUGGAAUGAAUACACUUUUUUCAAUCUCACUGCUGGUAGUAAAUACAAUAUUACCAUCACAGCUGUUUCUGGAGGAAAACGUUCUUCUUCAGUUUAUACCAAUGGAUCAACAGUGCCAUCUCCAGUGAAAGAUAUUGGUAUUUCCACAAAAGCCAAUUCUCUCCUGAUUUCCUGGUCCCAUGGUUCUGGGAAUGUGGAACGAUACCGGCUGAUGCUAAUGGAUAAAGGGAUCCUAGUUCAUGGUGGUGUUGUGGACAAACAUGCUACUUCCUAUGCUUUUCACGGGCUGACCCCUGGCUACCUCUACAACCUCACUGUUGUGACUGAGGCCGCAGGGCUGCAAAACUACAGGUGGAAACUAGUCAGGACAGCCCCCAUGGAAGUCUCAAAUCUGAAGGUGACAAAUGAUGGCAGUUUGACCUCUCUAAAAGUCAAGUGGCAAAGACCUCCUGGAAAUGUGGAUUCUUACAAUAUCACCCUGUCUCACAAAGGGACCAUCAAGGAAUCCAGAGUAUUAGCACCUUGGGUUACUGAAACUCACUUUAAAGAGUUAGUCCCCGGACGACUUUAUCAAGUUACUGUCAGCUGUGUCUCUGGUGAACUGUCUGCUCAGAAGAUGGCAAUGGGCAGAACAUUUCCAGACAAAGUUGCAAACCUGGAGGCAAACAAUAAUGGCAGGAUGAGGUCUCUUGUAGUGAGCUGGUCGCCCCCUGCUGGAGACUGGGAGCAGUAUCGGAUCCUACUCUUCAAUGAUUCUGUGGUGCUGCUCAACAUCACUGUGGGAAAGGAAGAAACACAGUAUGUCAUGGAUGACAUGGGGUUCGUACCGGGAAGACAGUAUGAGGUGGAAGUCAUUGUUGAGAGUGGAAAUUUGAAGAAUUCUGAGCGUUGCCAAGGCAGGACAGUCCCGCUGGCUGUCCUCCAGCUUCGUGUCAAACAUGCCAAUGAAACCUCACUGAGCAUCAUGUGGCAGGCCCCUGUAGCAGAAUGGGAGGAAUACAUCAUUUCCCUAGCUGACAGAGACCUCUUACUGAUCCACAAGUCACUCUCCAAAGAUGCUAAAGAAUUCACUUUUACUGACCUGGUGCCUGGACGAAAAUACAUGGCUACAGUCACCAGUAUUAGUGGAGACUUAAAAAAUUCCUCUUCAGUAAAAGGAAGAACAGUGCCUGCCCAAGUGACUGACCUGCGUGUGGCCAACCAAGGAAUGACCAGUCUGUCUACUAACUGGACCCAGGCACAAGGAGACAUAGAAUUUUACCAAGUCUUACUGAUCCAUGAAAAUGUGGUCAUUAAAAAUGAAAGCAUCUCCAGUGAGAACAGCAGUUACAGCUUCCACUCUCUCAAGUCCGGCAGCCUGUACUCCGUGGUGGUAACAACAGUGAGUGGAGGGAUCUCUUCCCGACAAGUGGUGGUGGAGGGAAGAACAGUCCCUUCCAGUGUGAGUGGAGUAACGGUGAACAAUUCCGGUCGUAAUGACUACCUCAGCGUUUCCUGGCUGCCGGCGCCCGGAGAUGUGGAUAACUAUGAGGUAACAUUGUCUCAUGACGGCAAGGUGGUUCAGUCCCUUGUCAUUGCCAAGUCUGUCAGAGAAUGUUCCUUCAGCUCCCUCACCCCAGGCCGCCUCUACACCGUGACUAUAACUACAAGGAGUGGCAAGUGUGAAAAUCACUCCUUCAGCCAAGAGCGGACAGUGCCUGACAAAGUCCAAGGAGUCAGUGUUAGCAACUCAGCCAGGAGUGACUAUUUAAGGGUAUCCUGGGUGCAUGCCACUGGAGACUUUGAUCACUAUGAAGUCACCAUUAAAAACAAAAACAACUUCAUUCAAACCAAAAGCGUUCCCAAGUCAGAAAACGAAUGUGUAUUUGUUCAGCUAGUCCCUGGACGGUUGUACAGUGUCACUGUUACCACAAAAAGUGGGCAAUAUGAAGCCAGUGAACAAGGGAAUGGGAGAACAAUUCCAGAGCCUGUUAAGGAUCUAACAUUGCGGAACAGGAGCACUGAGGACUUGCAUGUGACUUGGUCAGGAGCUAAUGGGGAUGUCGACCAGUAUGAGAUCCAGCUGCUCUUCAAUGACAUGAAAGUAUUUCCUCCUUUUUACCUUGUAAAUACCGCAACCGAGUAUCGAUUUACUUCCCUAACACCAGGCCGCCAAUACAAAAUUCUUGUCUUGACGAUUAGUGGGGAUGUACAGCAGUCAGCCUUCAUUGAGGGCUUCACAGUUCCUAGUGCUGUCAAAAAUAUUCACAUUUCUCCCGAUGGAGCAACAGAUAGCCUGACGGUGAACUGGACUCCUGGUGGGGGAGACGUUGAUUCCUACACGGUGUCGGCAUUCAGGCACAGUCAAAAGGUUGACUCUCAGACUAUUCCCAAGCACAUCUUUGAGCACACGUUCCACAGACUGGAGGCCGGGGUGCAGUACCAGAUCAUGAUUGCCUCAGUCAGCGGAUCCCUGAAGAAUCAGAUAAAUGUGGUUGGGAGGACAGUUCCAGCAUCUGUCCAAGGAGUAACUGCAGACAAUGCAUACAGCAGUCAUUCCUUAAUAGUAAGUUGGCAAAAAGCUGCUGGUGUGGCAGAAAGAUAUGAUAUCCUGCUUCUAACUGAAAAUGGAAUCCUUCUGCGCAACACAUCAGAGCCAGCCACCGCUAAGCAACACAAAUUUGAAGAUCUAACACCAGGCAAAAAUUACAAGAUUCAGAUCCUAACUGUCAGCGGAGGCCUCUUUAGCAAGGAAGCCCAGACUGAAGGCCGAACAGUCCCAGCAGCUGUCACUGACCUGAGGAUCACAGAGAACUCCACCAGGCACCUGUCCUUCCGCUGGACCGCCUCAGAGGGGGAGCUCAGCUGGUACAACAUCUUUUUGUACAACCCAGAUGGGAAUCUCCAGGAGAGAGCUCAAGUUGACCCACAAGUCCAGAGCUUCUCUUUCCAGAACUUGCUACAAGGCAGAAUGUACAAGAUGGUGAUUGUGACUCACAGUGGGGAGCUGUCUAAUGAGUCUUUCAUAUUUGGUAGAACAGUCCCAGCCUCUGUGAGUCAUCUCAGGGGGUUCAAUCGGAACAUGACAGACAGCCUUUGGUUCAGCUGGAGUCCAGCCUCUGGGGACUUUGACUUUUAUGAGCUGAUUCUCUAUAAUCCCAAUGGCACAAAGAAGGAAAACUGGAAAGACAAGGACCUGACAGAGUGGCGGUUUCACAGCCUUGUUCCUGGAAGGAAGUACACGCUGUGGGUGGUAACUCACAGUGGAGAUCUCAGCAAUAAAGUCACAGCAGAGAGCAGAACAGCUCCAAGUCCUCCCAGUCUUAUGUCAUUUGCUGACAUUGCAAACACAUCCUUGGCCAUCACGUGGAAGGGGCCCCCAGACUGGACAGACUACAACGACUUUGAGCUGCAGUGGUUGCCCAGGGAUGCACUUACUGUCUUCAACCCCUACAACAACAGAAAAUCAGAAGGACGCAUUGUGUAUGGUCUUCGUCCAGGGAGAUCCUAUCAGUUCAGUGUCAAGACUGUCAGUGGUGAUUCCUGGAAAACUUACAGCAAACCAAUUUUUGGAUCUGUGAGGACAAAACCUGACAAGAUACAAAACCUGCAUUGCCGGCCUCAGAACUCCACAGCCAUUGCCUGUUCUUGGAUCCCUCCUGAUUCUGACUUUGAUGGUUAUAGUAUUGAAUGCCGGAAAAUGGACACCCAAGAAGUUGAGUUUUCCAGAAAGCUGGAGAAAGAAAAAUCUCUGCUCAACAUCAUGAUGCUAGUGCCCCAUAAGAGGUACCUGGUGUCCAUCAAAGUGCAGUCGGCCGGCAUGACCAGCGAGGUGGUUGAAGACAGCACUAUCACAAUGAUAGACCGCCCCCCUCCUCCACCCCCACACAUUCGUGUGAAUGAAAAGGAUGUGCUAAUUAGCAAAUCUUCCAUCAACUUUACUGUCAACUGCAGCUGGUUCAGCGACACCAAUGGAGCUGUGAAAUACUUCACAGUGGUGGUGAGAGAGGCUGAUGGCAGUGAUGAGCUGAAGCCAGAACAGCAGCACCCUCUCCCUUCCUACCUGGAAUACAGGCACAACGCCUCCAUUCGGGUGUAUCAGACUAAUUAUUUUGCCAGCAAAUGUGCCGAAAAUCCUAACAGCAACUCCAAGAGUUUUAACAUUAAGCUUGGAGCAGAGAUGGAGAGCCUAGGUGGAAAAUGCGAUCCCACUCAGCAAAAAUUCUGUGAUGGACCACUGAAGCCACACACUGCCUACAGAAUCAGCAUUCGAGCUUUUACACAGCUCUUUGAUGAGGACCUGAAGGAAUUCACAAAGCCACUCUAUUCAGACACAUUUUUUUCUUUACCCAUCACUACUGAAUCAGAGCCCUUGUUUGGAGCUAUUGAAGGUGUGAGUGCUGGUCUGUUUUUAAUUGGCAUGCUAGUGGCUGUUGUUGCCUUAUUGAUCUGCAGACAGAAAGUGAGCCAUGGUCGAGAAAGACCCUCUGCCCGUCUGAGCAUUCGUAGGGAUCGACCAUUAUCCGUCCACUUAAACCUGGGCCAGAAAGGUAACCGGAAAACUUCUUGUCCAAUAAAAAUAAAUCAGUUUGAAGGGCAUUUCAUGAAGCUACAGGCUGACUCCAACUACCUUCUAUCCAAGGAAUACGAGGAGUUAAAAGACGUGGGCCGAAACCAGUCAUGUGACAUUGCACUCUUGCCGGAGAAUAGAGGGAAAAAUCGAUACAACAAUAUAUUGCCCUAUGAUGCCACGCGAGUGAAGCUCUCCAAUGUAGAUGAUGAUCCUUGCUCUGACUACAUCAAUGCCAGCUACAUCCCUGGCAACAACUUCAGAAGAGAAUACAUUGUCACUCAGGGACCGCUUCCUGGCACCAAGGAUGACUUCUGGAAAAUGGUGUGGGAACAAAACGUUCACAACAUCGUCAUGGUGACCCAAUGUGUUGAGAAGGGCCGAGUAAAGUGUGACCAUUACUGGCCAGCGGACCAGGAUUCCCUCUACUAUGGGGACCUCAUCCUGCAGAUGCUCUCAGAGUCCGUCCUGCCCGAGUGGACCAUCCGGGAGUUUAAGAUAUGCAGUGAGGAACAGCUUGAUGCACACAGACUCAUCCGCCACUUUCACUAUACGGUGUGGCCAGACCAUGGAGUCCCGGAAACCACCCAGUCUCUGAUCCAGUUUGUGAGAACUGUCAGGGACUACAUCAACAGAAGCCCGGGUGCUGGGCCCACUGUGGUGCACUGCAGUGCUGGUGUGGGUAGGACUGGAACCUUUAUUGCAUUGGACCGAAUCCUCCAGCAGUUAGACUCCAAAGACUCUGUGGACAUUUAUGGAGCAGUGCACGACCUAAGACUUCACAGGGUUCACAUGGUCCAGACUGAGUGUCAGUAUGUCUACCUACAUCAGUGUGUAAGAGAUGUCCUCAGAGCAAGAAAGCUACGGAGUGAACAAGAAAACCCCUUGUUUCCAAUCUAUGAAAAUGUGAAUCCAGAGUAUCACAGAGAUCCAGUCUAUUCAAGGCAUUGAGAAUGUACCUGAAGAGCUCCUGGAUAAAAAUUAUUCACUGUGUGAUCUGUUUUUAAAAACUUGCUUCAUGCCCUACAGAGGUGCCAGCUAUUUCUGUUGAUACUAUGUAUAAUUUAUUAAUCUGGAGAAUGUUUAAAAUUUUAUAUAAUUUAAAGGUAACAGAUAUUAUUGUACAUAGUUGUAUUUUGUAGUUUCUUCUGUAAAUAUGUAUUUUUCAUAAUGUUUAAUAUUAAGCUUUAUAUAAUACUAUUUUUCCACACUAAAGUGUUCAUGACUUGUUCUACAUAAACUAAUUCAACCUGUAUGACAGGACUACUGGUAAAAUGCAUAUGGAGGUGGUGGCAGAGACAAUCCUUCAGGCCAUGUUUUCUACCUGUUUUGAUAUUCACUGGACAGGAUAAAGGGCAGGGCUAGAGAGAGCAAAUACCUUGGCUAGAUUUGCUGCAUUGCUGUCCCAUGAAUCUCGAGAGCCAACAGGCAUGUCCUAACUAACUUGCUAUUAGGACAAAUGUGACAGUCAAAAAGAGGAUUAAAAUGUGACAGUCAAAAAAAGGAUUAGAGGGAGGGAGAAAAAAGAAUUAAGCAGUACCAAAGCUGAACUAGAUGGUUGUGUCUGAACUAGUUGCUCUCUCUCCUUUCUCCUUCCAGGGAUUCAAGCCAAAGUGGUCAGCUCAGGGAUCAUGUAACUUGCAGUGCAAGCCCAGGAUGGUAGGAUGCAGGGUUAAGGGUUCUGAUAGAGAAUGAUUCCAAACAGAAGUGAUGAAUUCCUUUUGUUAAUAAAUAAGAUGCCAGCUGUACCCAGACUGGAAACAUAACAUGCAAAGCACUAUCUAUAGUGAUUGAUUAGAGAUCCUUUCAUUGCAUUCAUGGUGUGAAGUAUGAACACACACACCCAUACUGUAAUGUAUUUAUACACACUAGUUUCUGUCUCAUUUUCAGUGGUCUCCAUUCCUAGAAAAGUCACAUUUAUCCAUUCCUACUUGAUUUCCCAUUAAAAGAAUAUUAUGGUGGCAGAUUGUGCCCCUGAUUAAAAGGCUUAAUGCCAACAUUUUCAUAGAAAUGACUAUAAACAUCAUAUAUAGUAAAUUUAAAAACAAUAGCAAAAACAAAAACAGUGGUCUUCAGUAAAAUUUUCAAAACUUUUUUUAGUAAAUCAAUGAAGUCAAAAUGUCAAGUAGUCACCCAAAGUUGCAUUUAAUAACAAAAGGCACUACAUACUGUACCAAGUUUAUCUUCAAUAUUUGUGCCUUACUUUGACUAUAACAAAUUCCAGUGAGUCAGAAAGUGAGUAUUUCCUUCAUCAAGGUCCAGUUCCGAGAGCAUUCCUGGGAAAAAUUUGAAAGGCGUUUGUAUGGAAUCUUCAUAGAUACCUGAGAAGAUGAGCUGGAGAUGUUUGCCUUUUUCACACUACAAAUUUUUCUGUAAUAAACUUGGGAAUUAGAGGUCAA